UCCACAUAUUACUCAAACACACUCAUUCAUAUACAUACAUUCAGACAAGAAGCAAUUCUUGAUUAAGUUAAAAGUAUUCAACCAUGGCCAAACCAAUCAAACCCUAUGUUCUUCUUCUCUUUCUUGCCACGUCAGCAAUUCUUACACCGAUGUCCGAAAGCCGAGUUGCCCGAAAAGAUCUCGGCUUAGACCUAGGCGGCUUGGGCGGCGGCUUGGGGAUCGGCAUAGGAACCGGGAUCGGCAUUGGCUUAGGGGGUGGAGGUAGCGGCUCCGGAGCCGGAGCUGGAUCAGGGUCCGGCUCAGGAGGGGGCGGGAGCUCCAGCUCCAGCUCCAGUUCAAGUUCAAGCUCAAGUUCAAGUUCGGGUGGCGGAGGAGAAGCCGGCUCGGAGGCGGGAUCUUCUGCCGGAUCAUUUGCGGGGUCGAGGUCGGGCGGCGCCGGCUCAUCGGCGGGGUCACGUGCAGGGUCACGUGCUGGAUCAGGGGGCAACCAUGACUGAGGAUAUUGUUGUUGUUAGGGUUCGGUUUGGUUUGUUUGAUGUGUUUUUUUUUUUUUUAAAUUUAAUUAUUAUAAGGUCUGUUUGUGUAUGUUUUUUGUUGUCUGUAUCUGUGUGUGUGUUAGUGUAUUGAAGAAUAAAAUGGUAAUGAAAACAUGCAUGCAUGCAUGUGUGUAAGGUGUAAAACUAGUAAGUGUUAGUAAUUAUAUUGUCUAAAUUAAAUAAAUUGAUGAAGGCGUGUUCCUUUGUCUUUUA